AUGGUCGUGUCGCUGGACUCGCCGAGGGGAGGGAGGACGAUUCGGGAGGCGCUGCUGCAGAGUGUACUGUCGCACCACCACGCGGCGGCACGGGGCUCCAAGUCCGGCGAGCGGCGCCGCCGGAAAUACUUCCAUGGCGAGAGGACGGGGAUGGAGGUGGAUGAGGCGGAGGUGCUGGAGGUCGGAGGCGACGGGAUGAUGGAGGAGAUGGUCCAGCUCGGGGCGGAGAGGACGAAGAACGUGCUCAUCCUCAUGAGCGACACCGGCGGCGGUCACCGCGCCUCUGCCGAGGCCAUCCGCGACGCCUUCAGUACGGAGUUCGGCGACGAGUACAGGGUGAGCCGGAAGAGCUACCACCUUUUCCCUCUCUUCUGCUCUUCUUCCUCCCCCUUUCUCCGUCGAAAUUGGUAGAUUCAGGCGGUCGAUCGCGAGAUCGAAAGGUUCUCCGAAGCCGUUUCGCCGUGAAAUCGGACUCCAAUUUGAGUUUCUAAUUUAGAUUCACAGAGAUGAAGCCAUCCUCCCGGAAUUUCGCUGAUUCGUCCGUGCCUACCGCAGGUGUUCGUGAAGGACGUGUGGAAGGAGCACGCGGGGUGGCCGCUGAACGACAUGGAGAGGUCCUACAAGUUCAUGGUGAAGCACGUCCAGCUCUGGAAGGUCGCCUUCCAUGGCACCUCCCCCCGCUGGGUCCACUGCUUCUACCUCGCCGCCAUGGCCGCCGUCUACGCCAAGUAAGCCUCCCUCCUCCUCGUCUCCCCUUAGAGUCGCUUCCUCUGUUCGCCGGUAGAUCUAUCAAAGGCUAACUCUCUCUUUCGGCGGUUCCAGGGAGGUGGAGGAGGGGCUUAUGAAGUACCGGCCGGACAUCAUCAUCAGCGUCCAUCCACUGAUGCAGCACAUCCCCCUCUGGGUCCUCAAAUGGCAGCGCCUCCACAAGAAGGUUGACUUUGUGACCGUCAUCACCGACCUCAACACCUGCCACCCCACCUGGUUUCCUCUCCCACCUCCCUCCCUUCCUCUCUCUCUCUCUCUCUCUCUCUCGCUGUGCACUAAUGGAGAGCGACUGCUGUUUGCAGGUUCCACAGAAGCGUCACCAGAUGCUACUGCCCCUCAGAGGAGGUCUCCAAGAGGGCCUCGUCGGAGGGCCUGGAGCUCUCCCAAGUCCGCGUCUUCGGCCUGCCCAUCCGGCCGUCCUUUUGCAGAGCAUUGCCUCCCAAGGUUGCCUCUCUCUCUCUCUCUCUCUCUCUCUCUCGAUGUGGAAGGAGGGGUGUUUGACGGAGCUGUUUGCUGGGUGGGGCACAGGAGGAGCUGAGAGAGGAGCUGGAGAUGGACCCUGAGCUGCCGGCCGUGCUGCUGAUGGGCGGCGGUGAGGGGAUGGGUCCGGUGAAGAAGACGGCCAAAGCUCUCGGGGAUGCGCUCUUCGACGAGGAGCUCCGCCGACCCGUCGGCCAGAUCGUCGUCAUCUGCGGUCGCAACCAGGCUCUUGUCUCCACUCUGCAAUCUCGCGACUGGAAGGUGCCAGUGAAGGUGAGCUCGUCUGCCCUAAUUGCUCUCGUCAUGGUUCCGAAUCAAGCGGCGGGUUAUCAGAAUCUUUGACGGCGAUUCAUCUGCAGAUCCGAGGAUUCGAGACCCAGAUGGAGAAGUGGAUGGGGGCCUGCGACUGCAUCAUAACCAAGGCUGGGCCGGGCACCAUAGCCGAAGCGUUGAUCAAGGCGCUCCCCAUCAUCCUCAACGACUUCAUCCCCGGGCAGGUUGGUGGCCCUCCGACGGCCCGCCGCUGCGCAGAGAAGCGCCGCUGCCAAUCACCUCCGAUAACAUGGCGUCUUCUGGUGCACGCGCAGGAGGUCGGCAACGUGCCCUACGUGGUCGACAACGGCGCCGGAGUAUUCUCCAAGAGCCCCAAGGAGACGGCGGCGCUAGUGGCGCGGUGGUUCGGGCCCGGAGCGGAGGAGAUGAGGAGGAUGUCGGCGAACGCCCGUCGGCUGGCACAGCCCGACGCCGUCUUCGACAUCGUCAGGGAUAUCGACGACCUCGCCCGCCGGCGAAGUCCUGUCGCCCGCCUUCCCUUCUCCCUCACCUCCUCCUCCGUCGACGACCACCACAUCCUCGUCCGGCGAGAAGCUUCGCCGCCGGCGCACAGGUAG